GCAAAGGAGUGUACAUGUACCCGCCUUUUUACAACUUAAGGUACCAACAACAUGGGAUGAAACGAAAAUUUUUGACUACCUUCAAGAAAUGAGACUGAGCGCAAAAUCUGACGUAAAUAUAAGAAUUAUGGCAAUAUCACGUGAGGACCUGAACAUGUAUACAGAGAUAGCAAAAACAGUUCUAAGAAAUGUUGAUUUACUGAAAAGCGAAAUAAACACAAUACUGUCUGGAAUGCUCUCAGAAGUGGCAAUUGAUACAAAAGAAGUUGCUGAUGUGUUAGUGAAUUUGACAGUACCAGAUGUGCAAAGUGAGAGGAAAAGUGAAGAAAAAACAGAACAAAUAGAUCAACUUUCAGCUAUUCAUGAUGAACAGGAACGAACAAUUGAAUUAAGUGAGGAACUGUCAUCUGAUAAAUAUCCUCUUCAAUUGAAAACCAGUUUAUUGUGUAAAAUAAACGUUCCAGUAAUAAAAGGUUCCCAAAUCAUCGACUGUGUCAUCAUUGGUAAAUUAUUUGUUUUUGUUGAUCUGACUACAAAAAGACUAAUUAUCCACCAAACAGACGGGAGGCAUAAGGAAGACAUCACAUUGCCGGAUGAUCCGCGGGGUUUAACUGCUAUAAAUAACACAGAUGUUGCUGUCUUAUAUAAUGAGUCCUAUAUAGAGAUCAUAAGUAUCGAUACAGGACGAGUACAAAAUGCGAUAAGAACAAGAAGUGACAACAAAGGGAUAUCGUAUCAAAAAGGUCUUCUGUUUAUUCAUUUUCAUGACAAGUUCAUUAUAGAUGGAAUAGAUCUGAAAGGAGAAAUAAUCCAAUCAACUUCAUAUCAGACUUCACCAGGUUCCCUUUCACUACAGUACGUGUCAACUGCUACAGACAGGUUGUUCUUUACUGGUGGGUUUAUUUUAUACUGCUGUGACUGGUUUGGAGCAAUCUUAUGGAAGUUUACUGAUGAAAUGAUGAAGUUUCCGGAAGGAGUUAUUACAGAUGAGAUGGGUAAUGUAUACGUGGGCAGUUAUGGAUACAACAAUGUCAUAGUCAUCUCACCGGAUGGUAAACAUUAUAAAGAACUACUUACCAGGAAGGAUGGCAUAUUAAAACCGAGAGCAAUGUAUUAUGACAAAUCAAGCCACUGUUUAUUGGUUUGUAAUGAAAGAAAUGGUCAAGCAUUUCUAUUUGAUGUUUACGAAUAAUGAUGGUUUAUCGUUACUUCAACUGUUAUGAGUAAACAGUGUUUCAAAUCAAAUUGAAUUAAUGAAUAUUGUGUAAUGUUUUGAAUAUUGUAACAUUGCACUUGUCAAUAGUUACCCAAUACAAGGAAGACUCGUUAUCACAAAGAAAUGAUGAAGAUUUUCUAUGCGAACAAUAAAUGACUACGUUUGACAUUCUCCGAAAUUUCUGUAGAACCAAUUUAGUUGUUUACACUCAUAGCAAAUCAAUUAUUUAAUAAA